CAGGCGAGUACCGUGUCCCCGCUCUACUUUUACUUUGAAAGGUUAAAGCCGUGUCAAAAUCGCCAGGCGUCUCACCCGCACACUCCUGGGGGUUACUUGGCAUCAAACGGCAUAACGUCAACCCCGGUAACACUCUGGCACCACAAUGCGAAGCAUAUACCUCUUCCUGGUACCUACCCUGCUGCUGCUCCUCCUGGGCCUACCCGCCUCCAGGGGGCGCUACAAUGACGAUUUUGACGACAGCGAGGACCUGGCGGACUUCGACGACAAUGACUUUGCCGAGUUCGAGGACGUGAAUGACGACGCGGCGCCCGAGGCCGGAACUGCCCCGCCGCCACCGGCGAGGGCCAACCCUUCCUCGCAGGACGAGGAUGAAGAGGAGGAUGAAGACGAGGCCACGGUGGAGCUGGAGGAUGACGGUCAGGAUGGCUUUGAGGACUCGGACACCCAGGAUCAGGACAUGUACAGCAAAUAUGACCAGGAGGAGUUUGAAGGGAUUGGAGACAUGGAGAAGACGGGACACCCCAUGAAUGACCCCCUCAUAAUCCACACGGUCCCUGCGCAUCUGCAAAACAGCUGGGAGAGCUACUACAUGGAGAUCCUGAUGGUGACGGGCCUUCUGGCCUACAUAAUGAACUACAUCAUCGGCAAGAACAAGAAUAGCCGUCUGGCUCAGGCCUGGUUCAACUCUCACAGAGAACUUUUAGAGAGCAACUUCGCCCUCGUGGGCGAUGACGGCACCAGCAAAGAAGCGGCGAGCACAGGCAAACUCAACCAGGAAAACGAGCACAUCUACAACCUGUGGUGCUCAGGACGUGUGUGCUGCGAGGGCAUGCUCAUCCAACUCAAGUUCCUGAAAAGGCAGGACCUGCUCAACGUUCUGGCCAGGAUGAUGAGGCCCACCUGCGACCAAGUGCAAAUCAAAGUAACGCUCAAUGACGAUGACAUGGACACUUUUGUGUUUGCUGUGGGCACCAAGAAGUCCAUGGCCCGCCUUCAGAAGGAGAUGCAGGACUUGUGUGAGUUCUGCGGGGAGAAGCCAAAGUCUGGAGUCAAGUUCGGCCUUCCAGAAUCUCUGGCUAUCCUUACUGAGAUGGGCGAGGUCACGGAGGGAGUGAUGGACAGCAAGAUGGUCCAUUACAUCACCAACCACGCUGACAAGAUCGAGUCCAUCCAUUUCUCGGACCAAUUUUCUGGUCCAAAAGUUAUGCAAGAGGAGGGUCAGCCCUUAAAACUGCCUGACACCAAGAAGACGCUGCUGUUUACUUUCAAUGUGCCUGGCAUGGGAAAUACCUCUCCCAAAGACAUGGACGCUCUGCUGCCGCUCAUGAACAUGGUGAUCUACAGCAUCGACAAGGUCAAGAAGCUGCGUCUCAACCGAGAGGGCAAAAUAAAAGCAGACCGCAAUCGUGCCCGAGUGGAGGAGAACUUCCUGAAGCAGACUCACGCUCAGCGGCAGGAGGCCGCCCAGACGAGACGCGAGGAGAAGAAGCGGGCAGAGAAGGAGAGGAUCAUGAACGAGGAGGAUCCUGACCGACAGCGUCGCCUCGAGGAAGCCGCCCAGCGCCGUGAGCAAAAGAAGAUUGAGAAGAAGCAGAUGAAGAUGAAGCAGAUCAAAGUGAAGGCAAUGUGAAAGAAUGGUGGCCGCAGCUUCAAGCAGACAUAUUUUCUGUGGCUGUGCCAAGUUCUGCCUGCUUUGUCACCAUCUGCUCAUCUUGUGAAAAGGACCUUUCGUCAGCAUCACAUCUUAUCAACACAAGCAUCCUGGUUUUUAAAAGCAUUUUCCUUGUGGGCUUUUAUAACUUGACCUGCUGUACCACGUUUUAUAAGUUACAACAAGCACCACAGUGGAGUCGAUUCGAACAGUAAUAAUAGCAUUAAUAUAAUCUACAACGGUCAAAUCGACUUCAUUUGAACUUGUAUCUGCUAUGAGUUUCUUGCAGGCUAUUUCUAACAAAUAUCUGAGCAAAGUCAAUAAAGUGCACUGAAUUCUU